AUGCCCUUCGCCAAGCGGACCGUGGAGCCGCAGCGGCUGUGCCGGCGGCAGCCCGCCGCCUCCGUGCUGGAGGAGAGCUGGGGCGCGGAGCCGCCACCGCCGCCGCGGGACCCGCCGCCGGAGGAGCCGGGAACGGCGAGCGAGGGCGCCGAGGCGGCUGGCGGCGGGGAGAAGGAGGCGGCAGCGGUGCUGAUGGUGCUGGACCUCUGCUCGGUCAGCAACGUAGCCCUGUCGCGGAUCCUCCGACAGCUCUCCGACGUGGCCCGGCACGCCUGCACCCUUUUCCAGGAGGUCGAGGCUGACAUCCAGGGUACCCACCGCCGCGUACGGGCGCUGCACGGCCGCAUCGCCGGCCUCCAGGGAGCCGUGCGCGGCCUCGACCCCAAGCAGGAGGCAGUGCCUGUCUCCAACCUUGAUGCAGAGAGCAAACUGAGUGUCUAUUACCGAGCACCUUGGCAUCAGCAAAGAAACAUCUUUCUCCCCUCCACCAGACCGCCCUGCGUGGAGGAGCUGCACCACCACGCCAAGCAGCACCUGCGAGCCUUGCGCAGAGAACAUCGAAGCCGAGGUGAUAACAGAGAGCAAAAAGUCCAAGGCCCCAUUGCUGUGGUGGCUCCCCCCUUUCCUCCCUUCCCUGCAAUCUGCAGCCAAAAGAGGCAAGCGAUAAAGGACCGGCAUUUGCUACCAUUUAACAGCACCCGUUCGCCCUCCCCAAUUGAGUGUUGCCACAUGACCCCCUGGAGUAGAAAGUCCCAUCCACCAGAGGACGAAGAUACAGAUGUCAUGUUAGGGCAGAGGCCGAAAAAUCCAAUACAUAAUAUCCCUUCUACACUGGAUAAACAAACCAAUUGGAGUAAAGCACUACCUCUCCCAACUCCAGAGGAGAAAAUGAAACAAGAUGCCCAAGUGAUUUCUUCUUGCAUUAUCCCCAUCAAUGUCACUGGAGUUGGUUUUGACAGAGAGGCUAGUAUACGCUGCUCUCUUGUUCAUUCACAAUCUGUACUACAGCGGAGACGAAAGUUGAGGAGGAGGAAAACCAUCUCUGGCAUCCCCAGAAGAGUGCAACAAGAAAUAGAUUCAGACGAGUCGCCAGUGGCGAGAGAGCGCAAUGUGAUUGUGCACACAAACCCAGAAUUCUCUGGCUCCAGCAACAGGAGGUUGGGGACCCGGGACUCGGAGUGCCAGACAGAAGAAAUCCUGAUAGCUGCUCCCUCCCGGCGACGGAUCCGUGCCCAGCGGGGGCAGAGUGUUGUUGCCUCCCUCUCCCACUCCACUGGCAACAUCCUGGUGCUGGCGGACAACGGGGAUGCGGUCUUUGCUGCUGCUGUGAGCAACCGCAUCCGCUCGCAAAGCCUUCCCCGUGAGGGCGCCCGGGCCAGUGAGGGCCAUCAGGAUGCCACCACCAAGAAUGCAGGGUAUGAAGCGGAGCACUUCCUGGCUAGUCAGGAGAGGAUCCCAAAAAAGGGGAAGGAGAUCUUGAGCAAGCAGGGUUCACAGGAGUGCCAGCCCAUUGGUUUAACUUGUCCUCAGCACCUGCAUAGCCCCGAACACAGCAUCAGCGAGAGGGGGAGAUCGCGGCUGUCAAGGAUGGUCGAUUCAGGCAGCUGUGAAAUUUCAUCCAACUCAGACACCUUCGGGAGCCCAAUUCACUCCAUCUCCACAGCAGGAGUCCUGCUCAGCAGCCACAUGGACCAGAAAGAUGACCACCAGUCCUCCAGUGGCAACUGGAGUGGGAGCAGCUCCACAUGUCCCUCUCAGACAUCUGAAACCAUUCCUCCUGCUGCCUCUCCUCCACUAACAGGCUCUUCACACUGCGACUCCGAGCUGUCCCUCAAUACUGCUCCCAAUGCCAACGAAGACUCCAAUGUCUUCAUCACAGAGCAGUUUGGUGACCACGCAGACAAGAUCAGGGGCCACAGGGCAAGCUCCUUCACAUCCACUGUGGCGGAUUUACUGGAUGACCCCAACAACAGCAACACAAGUGACAGUGAGUGGAACUACCUGCACCAUCACCAUGACGCCUCCUGUCGCCAGGAUUUCAGCCCUGAGCGCCCAAAGGCAGACAGCCUGGGAUGUCCCAGCUUUACCAGCAUGGCCACCUAUGACAGCUUCCUUGAAAAGACCCCCUCUGACAAGGCAGACACUAGUUCACACUUUUCUGUGGAUACUGAAGGAUACUAUACCUCCAUGCACUUUGACUGCGGUCUGAAGGGUAAUAAAAGCUAUAUUUGCAACUAUGCAGCCCCAGGCUCCGAGAGUGGCCAGACCGGGAGCAUGACUUCCAGCCUAGCUGACUGUGCCUGGCAGGACUGCGUGAGCCACAGGAGGCAGGCACGGCAGUGCAUCUCACUGAAGAAACCAAAGGCAAAGCCAGCCCCACCAAAACGCAGCUCAUCUUUGAGGAAAUCAGAGGGCAGCACCGACCUUCCUGACAAGAAAGAACCAAAGAUCGGUAAUGGGCAGCACAUCUCUCACACUGUCAGGGAGAUGAAGCUGCCCCUUGAGUUUUCAAACACACCUUCCCGAGUGGAAGGCCCCAACCUGCCAGCCAAGCAGGAGCUUCCAUGGCCAAACCAGGAUGAUGGCGGGUUAAAGGACGCUCCGUUUGACACCGCCAGUAUCCCCUCCUUUAAAGAUGAAGGUGCUGAACAACCUCACUAUGCAGACCUCUGGCUUCUGAACGACUUGAAAACUAGCGAUCCUUACAGGUCCUUGUCCAAUUCAAGCACUGCUACGGGUACUACAGUCAUAGAGUGCAUCAAGUCACCAGAGAGCUCUGAAUCCCAGACGUCUCAGUCUGGAUCACGAGCUACAACCCCAUCCCUCCCCUCUGUUGAUAAUGAGUUUAAGCUGGCCUCCCCAGAGAAGUUGGCAGGGCUAGCCUCACCCUCCAGCGGGUACUCCAGCCAGUCAGAGACGCCCACCUCUUCUUUUCCAACAGCUUUCUUUUCAGGACCAUUGUCUCCAGGGGGGAGCAAGAGGAAGCCAAAAGUUCCAGAGAGGAAGUCAUCGCUGCAGCAGCCACUCUCAAAAGAUGGCAACGCCUCAGUGAGCAAAGAACUCGAACUUCCAAUUAUACCUCCUACUCACCUUGACCUAAGUGCUCUUCACAAUGUCUUGAGCAAGCCCUUCGCUCACAGGCACCAGCUGCAUACCUUUAGCCACAGCAAGCAGAGCGCGAUCGGGGAAGCCCUGCAGCCCAGCCCUCCCUCUGCCCUUGCCAUCACACCCUCCGUUCUCAAAUCUGUCCACCUCCGGGCAGUCAACAAGCCUGAAGGAGUGAAACAUAAAGGCAGUACCCCAGACCUGCUCUGCAUACAGGACACCACCUUGAUGGCAACCGAGGUCUCUCCAGGCAAAAUGAGGCCACUCUUAGCUAAGAAACCAGUAUCACGCCAGUACUCUACAGAUGAGGCCAUAAUGCUGUACAUUGACACUUCCUCAGCAGAAGCAGGCCCUGGAAAGCCACCUUUAGAGAAAAGCUCCUCUUUUGGUGGGCAGAAUAGCUGUGAGCGAGAAGCUGUAAUUUCAGCAAGCAUGGGUCUAGUUGAGAUCAAACCUGGGAAGGACCAAACACACCUGGCCGCUGAAGACUUACCAGAUAGCUCUCUGAAUCAGACAUGUGCCAUCUCCAUUGAUGGCUUUCAGAAGGGCUCGGCUGUCCCCACAAGUGAUGAUGAAACAAAGAAACCUGUCCGCGGAGAAGAAACAGUACAUGAUCUUCAGCAAGUGCAGGCUCAGCAAGAGCACUCUGCAGGCAGCGAGGGGAAGGUGGAAGCUGCGCCUGUGGAUGAAAGCCCAGCUCAGGCUGAGGGACUGGCCAUCACCGAUCAGUUAAAGCACGAACCCGAUGUAAGCCACCAUGUGCCUGGGAAUAUCAACUUUGAAGUAGAGAUGGCAACAGUGGAUUCACUCAGUGAAGAGGGUUGCAAGCAGGAAAAUGUUAUCACAUCAGGUAUCCUAACCAAAAGUGCCUCUGAUGACAGCAGGGCAGACGAGACAGUGGGCGGUGCAGAUGAGCCUUCGCUAAAAGAGUCUUCUCCAAGCGAUGAGUCCAUCAUGUCUCCACUGAGCGAGGAGUCACAGGCUGACACUGAGGAUGUCUUUGUGUCUCCAAACAAACCCCGCACUACUGAGGAUCUGUUUGCAGUCAUUCACAGAUCAAAAAGGAAAGUUCUUGGGAGAAAGGAUUCUGGAGACCUUUCUGUAAGAAACAGAUUGAGAGCUUCGUCUGGGACCAGCAGCCAGCCUCCCACCAGCAGCACACUGCCUACCAGCAACAUGCCACCAGCCAGCAACGUGGGCACUUCCAUUAGCAGUCAGAGGUCCCCCGGGCUCAUAUACAGGAAUGCCAAAAAGUCCAACACAUCCAAUGAGGAGUUUAAGCUACUGCUCCUUAAAAAGGGCAGCCGAUCUGAUUCCAGCUACAGGAUGUCUGCCACAGAAAUUCUGAAAAGUCCUAUUUUGCCGAAGUCUCCUGGAGAGCUGACAGCAGACACCCUUCAAAGCACGGAAGAGUCUCCUCCCACAACAAGCCCUGAUGCAUUAUCACCACUCUCCCCCUGUUCCCCCAGGGUCAACACAGAAGGAUUCUCCUCCAAGAACUUCCCCAUGUCAGCAUCCUCGCGGGUGGGGCGGUCGCGGGCACCGCCGGCAGCCAGCAGCAGCCGGUACAGUGUGCGCUGCAGGCUGUACAACACCCCCAUGCAGGCCAUCUCCGAGGGGGAGACCGAGAACUCAGAUGGCAGCCCCCACGAUGAUCGGUCUUCUCAAAGCUCUACAUAGGCUGUGUGGGUGCCAGGACCAGGCUGCCAAUACCACUCAAAGCUCUUAAGGAUGUCAACUGUAGCAAUCAAGAAAAAAAAAAAAGAAACAAAAAGAAGAAAAAGAGAACAAUCGCAGGGCAAUAUCAAUGCUUCAAU